UACAGAAUUGAUAGAAUACAAUUUUAACUGCAUAAUAUUCGUUAAAUUCAAACAGCUCCAGAUCGAGAUUCGAGAACGACAGCUGCCAUGGAGUCGGAGCGCAGUAAGCCGGUGCAAUGGCUGAACGCUAUGGUAUCUGAGCCCUAUUACUUGUUCCAUUUCCUCGCUUUCUUUUCCUACUUUGUCGUCCGUACACCCGCCGCCAAAGUUCUCGUCCCUGCCAUCUCCGAUCGCUUCCUUCACCGCGAAAUUCAAGCGGUUUUAGCAUUUGGAGUUUUGACUUCUAUCAAGAUGGUGAGAGAAGAAAAUUGGGAAGCCUUUAUUGGUGACACGCUGUUUUUUGCAAAGGUUUUUAUUGUUGCCCUUGCUUUAAUUAUGGAUUACUACCUCGCUCUAUGGUACAUUGUUGUUUUUUCAGUUAUAUAUAUUUUAACACAACAACCGGCAUUCCAAGGACUAGGUACUUGUAGUAAAUUGACACCACUGCAGUUAGAAGCCUUGCUGACAGAAGGGAACACAUCAAGAUUCUGGCUGGUAGAAUUUGGUUCCUCAUAUUUGUCUGCUUGCACACGCUCAAGCCGGUGCUUUCCUGAGCUCUCAAUUACAUACUCGAACAAAAGUUUGUCUUUCGGAAUAGUUGACCUUGGACUGUUCCCAAAUGCUGCAGAGAAGUUUGGAAUCUAUCUUGGUGGUGGCAUGGAUCAACUCCCUGUAUACAUCUUAUUCGAGAACGCGACUGGAAUUGCACGUUUUCCAGGAUUGGAUCUUGAAGCGAAACCUUCUCAUCCUGCCAUUACAAAGAGACUUAUUUCAAGAUACUUUGAACUUGACCUGCGCCUUCUUGAAUAUGUAAAUGGUAAAUGGUAAAUGGUAAAUAGGUAAUCGGCCCUAAUGUUUGUCGCACAAGUUUAGUUUUCCUGCUUCCAAUUUUACUUCUCCACUCUGUUUUAACGUUAUUUGAGGUGUAAAGAAUUUAUAUCCAAUUUUUGUGAUCGACUUGAUUUAAGUGUAAGCUGCGUCUAGCUCAACUUGAUGCUCCAUUUCAUGGUUCUCUUAAAACUAAACUCAA